UAAGGACUGGACUUUUGCCUCCAGAAGCAUCAAACAAGCAUCUAGGUAUUUCUCUUCCCUAGGUCAAGAGGGCGUGUAUCACGAUGUCAGUUACCCCUCCCCCUGGUCUCAACUAUCUUGCGGCAAUCCAACCUGCACUAAUCGACAUCAUGAUCGGGCAUACUUUUACGGUCAUCCUCGUACCCCUCCUUAUUGCAAUGUUCUACUUCUCGAACGAGCAUUCGCGGAGACAGCCCAUAUUUAUUCUCAACGUUUUGAAUGUGUGCCUCGCAUUUUCUGUCGGCAUAAUGGGAGACAGUAGAGCUGUUAAUACCAUGUUAUCACCGACACAUCCAUACCCUGCUUCCUAUGACAUAAUUAUGGGCACCCUUGGGGCGGUCCAAACCAUAUUUGUUGACACCAUCCUACUCUUUCGCAUUUGUUCCGUUUAUCCGCCGAGAUACCUCGCAUGGCAACGCUUUGUGGCGUUGGUCUCACUUCCUGUACUACUCAAAGUUGCCCGCGUCAUCAAUCUAUCUCUAUUUAUAGCAGCUCUAACAAGAGCGGCCAAAGGACCCAAUGCGGAAGCAGCUUUGGCAGCCUUGUGGGUGACAGCUCCGUACCUCAAGAUUGAGUGGUUCGCGCAGCUGGUGGAUAAUAUAUAUGCAUCCUCUGUAUUCCUCUGGACGCUCUGGUCAAAACGGAAAAACAAGCAUGGUUCCGUCACGGGCAAUGUCAAGCUUUCGUUCAGAAUGAGACUCCAGACGCUAUUUUGGAUCGCACUUUCAAACUUCACCAUUCCAGCGCUCUUUUCGGUCGCUCAGAUCAUUGUCAUUUACCGCGAAGUAGACCCAGUGGUCAUCAAUCAAAUAAUUCUGGCGAAUACGUCAAUUGCAGUUAUCGGCGUCGUUUUCGCAACAGUCUGGGCGGGCUCGGUCAACAGACAGAUCGCCCAAUCGGAUGAUCAACCAGUUGCAGAUGUCGAAAAAUCUGGCGUGAUGCGUUUUGCCACUCGUGGUACCUAUCCGACGCACGACGAAUUACAUAUAACCUAUCAACUUCCGGCAAUAUCUGGUCUUCAAGAUUACAUUUAUGAUGAAUUCGGACAAAGUGACUCGAGAGAAAUGACCCUUCGUUGAAGUGAAAGCAGGCUCGACUCCGAGCUUUAGGUCCUUGUGGUGUGCUUAUCUCCAUCGACGUCCUUCCGAUGAAUGAUUGCGUCAGCCAGUUAGCUGGAUUGUAUGCCAGAGUAGCGAGAAUCUUGCUAUAUAAUUUCAUGAAGCAAUCUGGACAUGCGCUGCAGUCAGUCUGAAUGAUCGAUUACCAUUCCCAUCCGUGGCGAUUGCAUGGAGGUCAUGGAGUUUUCGUUUUCCUUGUGUCACAACCCUGCC